GUACCUCGGGAACAAAGGGAUCCGAUGUCCAACGGCAGCUCCAUCACCCACUUCCUCCUGCUGGCAUUCGCAGACACGCGGGAGCUGCAGCUCUUGCACUUCUGGCUCUUCCUGGCCAUCUACCUGGCUGCCCUCCUGGGCAAUGGCCUCAUCAUCACUGCCGUAGCCUGUGACCACCGCCUCCACACCCCCAUGUACUUCUUCCUCCUCAGCCUCGCCCUCCUCGACCUGGGCUGCAUCUCCACCACUCUGCCCAAUGCCAUGGCCAGUUCCCUCUGGAACACCAGGACCAUCUCCUACUUGGGAUGUGUUGCUCAGCUCUUUCUUUUUUCCUUCUUGAUGUCAGCAGAGUUUUAUCUUCUGACAGUCAUGGCCUACGACCGCUAUGUUGCCAUCUGCAAACCCCUGCACUAUGGGUCCCUCCUGGGCAGCAGAGCUUGUGUCCACAUGGCAGCAGCUGCCUGGGGAACUGGUUUUCUCAGUGGUCUUCUUCACACUGCCAAUACAUUUUCACUGCCACUCUGCCAAGGCAAUAGCCUCGACCAGUUCUUCUGUGAAAUCCCCCAGAUCCUCAAGGUCUCCUGCUCACACUCCUACCUCAGGGAAUUUUGGCUUCUUGUGGUUGGUGCAUGUUUAAUACUUGGUUGUUUUGUUUUCAUUGUAGUGUCCUAUGUGCAGAUCUUCAGAGUCGUUCUGAGGAUUCCCUCGCAGCAGGGACGGCACAAAGCCUUUUCCACGUGCCUUCCUCAUCUGGUCGUUGUCUCCCUGUUUAUCAGCACUGCCACAUUUGCCUACCUGAAGCCCCCCUCCCUCUUUUCCCCAUCCCUGCAUCUUGCUGUGUCCGUUCUCUACUCAGUGGUGCCUACAGCAGUCAAUCCCCUCAUCUACAGCGUGAGGAACCAGGAGCUCAAGGAUUCCCUGAGGAAACUCAUCAACGGAUCUUGCACCAUCAACAGUAAUUUGCCUCCUCUUCUCUGCAUAGAUCCAAGAGUUUAG